GAGUAGUGACUGUGAGUAGACUAGUGUGUGACUGUGAGAGCACAAGAUGUUUGUGCCUGUCCCCCCUGAGCUCACAGUGUCAGUCAUUACUGAGGCUUUGGAUGUGUCUCGGGCUCCUGCGCUCGUUCUCCUUCUCUCCCUCUUUGUCUCUUGUCAUUUGCUGAUGGCGAGACCCCCCUUUUAUUCCCUGACUCCCACCCUUUCUUUUAUCUCAUUUGCACCCGCGUCCCUUGGGAGAAGAAUUAGCAGCAGCGUCGGACUUUAUGCUCCCCGUCAUCGUCAGGGUGAAGGCAUUUGUUGAGGGCGGGGGGCUCCAUGUCUGCUACUCACUGGUCCUGCCGUCUGUCCGUCUGUGAUUGUGCCACGGCCAAACGAGAGACCCCCGAGCCACAGAACGAUCCCAUCGGAGUUCCAUUACUCACAGUCAGCACUUCCCACGCUCCCAUUGACUGAGGGCACAAUGCGUGUGGCACGGAGAUGUUACCCCAGCAGAUGGGCACAGGGAUCCUUUGUAGCUUGCUGCUUAUCUCUCUGUGCUGCCUCCUCCCUCCUUUCCUGCCCCUCUCUGUGUAAGUGCAACAUCAGUAGCCUGCAAGUGGACUGCAGUGGAAGGGGUCUCACAUCUGUACCACCGAAUAUCCCCCAGGAUACACGCACCUUGCUGCUCCUCAACAACCGCCUAAGCUCAAUCUCUGGAAAAGCCUUUUCUAACCUCAGCUCACUUCACCGGUUGGACAUCUCCAAUAACUUUCUGGACCAGCUGCCCUCACAACUUUUGAGUAACCUGGGAAACCUGACAGAGUUGCGUCUCCGCAACAACAGCAUCCGCAGCCUGGACCGUGACCUUCUGCAGGGGCUGCCCCUUCUACGUAGGUUAGAUCUAUCCCUCAAUGGACUCUCACAGUUGCCCUCGGGGCUCUUCGAUGACCUCCCUACGUUGCAUUGGCUUACUUUGCGCUCCAACCGGCUGCAGAACCUGGACAGGGUGACAUUUGAGCCUCUGAGCAACCUUGAGACCAUACAACUUGGGGACAACCCCUGGGAAUGUGACUGCAACCUUCGAGACUUCAAGCACUGGAUGGAGUGGUUCACCUACCGAGGAGGCAAGAUGGAUGAGCUCCAAUGCACUCUUCCCAAGGAUCUGCGUGGGAGAGACAUCCGCAUGGUGCCGGUGGAGAUGUUCAGCUAUUGCUCACAGCUGGACGACGAGAAUAGUCCUGGGCCGUCAGACAAACCGGGUCCUCCAUGUACAAAGGCAAGUCCUGCUCCAUUAGAGCCAGACCCGGGCCUUGACUGUCCUCAACGACAACGAUACCGACCGGCCAGCGUUCGCCGAGCUAUUGGCACCGUGAUAAUUGCCGGAGUGGUGUGCGGCGUGGUCUGUAUUAUGAUGGUUGUGGCGGCCGCUUAUGGUUGUAUCUAUGCCUCUUUAAUGGCCAAAUACCAGCGGGAGCUGAAGAAGAGACAGCCGCUGAUGGGAGAUGCAGAGGGAGAGCAAGAGGAACAGAGACAGAUCUCCUCGGUGGCAUGAGGUCCUCUACAUGAUCCCACCACUCUAGAACAUCUAGCACUCUGAUACCUUUCUGCUGCGGGCGACGUGAGCCAAUCGCUUCCCGCUAUGCAGCUAAAGGCAUUACAAUUUCAAGCCCUGCUUAACAACCAACCACGGUGCUCUGAUGAAGCAAAAGCACUUAACCCAGCGACACCUUCUUGUCCUCUUUUUUUUUUUUCUCUCUCUUAGGACUGAUGGACUAUUGAGGGGGAGUCUUGGUGAGUGUGACAAUCCGUUGCAGAUCAUAGCACAAAGACCAGGAAAGGCCAGCGUCCGCUCGCUUUUAUUUUUCUACUUUAACCAUCAGAAACCGAUACAAGUCAUUUUAUAGUAUUUCCUGGCCAAGGAUAUGCUUUACAUUACAUCCUUUUGGAGGAGGAAUCUGUAUACAAUAUACAAAUUAAGGAUACAGUGAGUAUUUUGGCACAGUACUAUAACCAUGUCCUUGGCUUGGAGCAAUGGACUAGACCAUUUGGACCCGAGAUGACUGGAAUACCAUUCUUUAGAAGAACUGAUACAGGACUGGAUUAAACCAAUCUCAAUGGAUACAAACUCUCCUGCAAACGAGGCAAUAAUGUGAUUACAAUCACCCGGCCAAUACUUCUCAAAUACCCUUAGUCUAUCUAUAAAUGUUUCAAUGCAUAUUCCUAGUUUAACCUUUACUGUAACUUAUACAGACACUUUGGAAUUGGGGGGUACAAUGGAGAACAAACCAUUAACAGUGGGGGGGAUUCCAAAGCUGCAGUGCUGCUCCAAACACAGGGAUGUGGGGGGCAGACAAGCAAAACGCAGGUAAAAGCUUUGCUCAAGCCUCGUAUCACUGGUGUUUCCAUCAUUAUGUGAACAAGAUGGAGUCUAUUGUAUCUUUAUCACAUAGGGGCAGAAUACUAAUGGAAGGAUGAUACUGGGGUUCAGUAAAGCUGAAGCAGAUCCUCAAAUGCCAUUCAACUGAACCCCCAUUCAUCACGUAAUAAUAAAAUGUAAUAAAAAGCACAGCAGACUUUAGACAGGGUCGGACUGGGUCAGUGGGAAACCGGUAAGAAGCCCAGUGGUCCCCGACAACUCAGAUCCAGUCCCCGCGGAAAACUGUGGGCGUCCCCCCGAUCGCAACUGCAAAGGACAAAAGUUAAAGGGUAGGCGCAACGGCUGAGGGAGGAGGUCCCUACGGUGUCAGACCCACUGGGUCCGACUUCCCAGUCUGAACAUGACUUUAGGGAAGCAAAUGGUACAACCUCCUGAUUGGUGGAGCUUUGCAAAUGAUUAUUUAAAGUAUAUACUUGUCCCACAAUCGAAAAGGAACAAGGGGCAGAAGCAACUGAACACAGGGUCAAACUGGGAAGGUGGGACACUGGGGGGAAACCUAAUGGGCCCUUCUGACCACUGCCUACUGCUUGCCCAGGAUCUAUGGGGUGGGGGGAUCAGUAUGUGGCUGCCAUAUAUUUUCAAGAGGUACACGGUGGGGUUAGGGGGGAGUUAAUUAUGAGGGUAUAGGCAGUUUCAGACUGGGACACUAGGGGCCCACCCAAAAACCUUAGACCAGGGGCCCAUCAAAGAACCACAGACCAGGGGCCACUCUCAGUAUUAUUAUUCUUCUUCUA